UUCCAUCAAUGGCGUCUCCAGACAGUAAGGCUGACGGACUGUCGCUCGGUCCUGAUUUCUUCGAUGCUGGAGCCGCCAUUGAGAUUGCAUCCUCGUCCGCAGUGCUCAUCCCGACCUCCAAAUCGCCGCCGCUCGCCGAUUAUCGGCACCAUUCCCUAGACUAUCUCACGCGAUCAUCCGACGAGCCAUCGAGCUCUGCGGUUGCUGGAGCGGCUGCGUCGUCGUGGCAGCCUUCGCUGCGGUUUCACACCCCGCCCCUCGACCAGUCUGCCGACGUGGUGCUGCAACAUGCCCAUCCCAUCGUGUAUGGAAGCUUCCCGUCGGGUGGUGGUGAUAGUGGCUCGGCUGGCGGUUGGGAUGGCGAUGGUGCCGAGAUUGUCGCUCGUGCUGAUUCGCUCAGAUCAUUCACAACGGCGCGUUUGUCAACCGGAUCAAAUGACGCAACAUACACGUCAACAAGUCCAUGGCACGAGAGCUUUUACGACGCCACACCAAUCGCGACGACGUCUACUGCGAAUAUCGAGAUUCUGGCUCACAGAUUGUCGCUGGACGACGAUGAGGCAUUCGACCCCGAUGUGCAGCCGCUCUUGUUUGACAGUUCCAAGAAGGAUCAUUUUCUUGAAGACGCGUCGCCAUUGCCUCGAGCGACAAAAAGUGCUGUUCCAGCUGCUUCAGGGGCAGACGGCGGUGAAGGAGGGUCGCUUGCCGCUUCGCAAGUGCACGACAUCAAGCAACUCGUGCCGCAUCGAACGCGCGGCUUGGUCAUCGCCGGCCUGCUGCUAUUCGUCAGUGCAAUAGAGUAUGGUCUUGUCUUUCCCAGCUUGCUCAAGUAUCUCCAAUCGCUUGGAGAGGAUCGUCAGUACUUUUUCGGCAUUGUCUUGGCUUCCUUCAACAUUGCACAAAUGCUGUGCUCCCCAUUUGUCGGGUGGUUGUCAGACCACACGUCCGUCAAAACCAUCUUGAUGGUCACGCUGGCCGUGAAUGUGGUGGGAAACCUCGUGUACUUUGCAGCCCAAGGUGCUUGGAUGGUCUUGCUGGGUCGCAUCGUUGCAGGCAUGGGCGCUUGCUCGGGUGUCGUCAUGUCCUAUGUGGUGCGUGUCACCGCAGAGAGCGAGCGUACCUCCACCAUCACCAAGGUCAUUGCUGCUCAGGAAGCGGGGCUGUUGAUAGGCCCCUCGUUGGCCUUUAUCAUCCAAUACUGCGAUUUUGACAUUGGCCCCUUCCCAGUCACGCCACUGACCUCGCCCGGCUUGCUCAUGGUCAUUGUACUGUGCGUGAGCAUUUUGGUGGUCGCCAUUUGGUUUGUCAAUCCGCCAAGCGCGCACUACAUCGAGUCCGUGUUGAACGGCCAGAGUGGCGACACCAAACCCGCUUCUUCGCCCGACCCCAUGGCCCAAUCGGCGCCCCCAAAAGAUGUGUCGAGCUCCAGUCAGUCUGCUUUCAGUCAGCUGAAGGCUCGAGGCCAUCUUAAAGACGCCCUGCGUGAGAUUGCGCAACUCCACAUCGCCACCAUCUUUCUUGCCCAGUUUGUGCUCUUGUUCAACCAAUCGACCCUCGAGACGAUUGUCACGCUGCUGACCGACAAGUUUUAUCACUGGGGCCAGACAAACAACUCGCUCAUGUACAUGGUCAUUGCGGCAACGUUCAUCCUCAUCUACAUUUUUAUUCACGCCGUCAAUCAUCGCAUCCAGGACCGCUAUCUGAUUGUGGUCGGUCUCAUUCUCGAAACGGCAACCUUUGUGUUUGACAUGAUCAUCUUGCCCAACGCAACAGACCUGCCAAUGUACCAAUUUGUGCUUGCCUGCGGGCUGUUCAUUUGUGGUCUGCCGUUCUUUAUGAUUGCCGUGCCUGCCCUGUUCUCCAAGUUGACCAGCAAGCGAAGACAAGGGCUCUUGCAAGGCUUGCUGCAAGUUUGCACCAGUCUCGGCUGCAUUUGCGGCCCUCUGUGGGGCGGGAGCUCGUUCAAUCGGUUUGAGCUCAUGUUUGGCGUCAUGCUAGCCCCGAUGAGCCUCCUGAUUGUCAUGUUUCUUUUGUCAUUUCGCAAGCUGGCGCCGCCACCCUUAUUGGUAUCUGGUUCAAACGCUCUGUUCGAGCACGACGACGACGAUGACGACGCGAGCACGACGCCUGACGAAAGGCGGCACCUUAUUAAUUAAGGCUGCAGUAAGGCCACUUGUUUAUUGUUUGUCUUUGUUCAGUUUUAUCGCUUGCUCGUUGAUGUACUAUAUCAUAUAUGGAAUCCUGCAA